AUGGGGAUCAGGAGGACGCCAUGCUACGGAAAGGACAACCUGAACAGGGGGCCAUGGACAGCUCUCGAGGACCAGAUCCUCGUCUCCUACGUCCAGGCUCACGGAGAAGGCAAGUGGAGAAACCUCUCCACGAAAGCAGGCCUGAAUCGGUGCGGGAAGAGCUGCCGCAUGCGGUGGCUCAACUACCUGCGGCCCGGCAUCAAGCGGGGAAACAUCUCCGCCGACGAGGAGGCGCUCAUCGUCAGACUCCACAGACUCCUCGGCAACAGGUGGUCUCUGAUUGCACGGCGGCUUCCGGGCCGAACAGAUAAUGAAAUCAAAAACUACUGGAACACAACUUUGGGCAAGAAAAACGCCUGCGAGACAUCCAAAGCCAAGAGUAGUAACCAAGCCAAAGCCGACGUUAUCAUCCGAACCAAGGCAAAGAGGUGCACCCGGUCGUUCUUCGGCCUGGAGAAACUGCUUCUCCGACCACCAUCUCCGCCUCCGCCGCAGCCGCCGCUGCUGCCAUUGGCGGAGGAUGCCUCCAUUUUCACAGGACUGAGCGAGAACUCGUUGGAGAAGCAUGACUUCGAUCAUCUUGACGUCGGCUUCGAUCUAUCUUCCAUGGACUCUUUCGUCGACAGCGAGUGGAUGAUGGACGUGUUGGACUCUACUAAUUAG